UUAGGGUACAGUAAUUUUUUAGUAGGCUCAUGGAAUACAUUCUUGAUACGGAUACACUUAUAAAGCCAGUUGUUUAUUUGGCUUUGACCCUAAAUUUGAAAAGUAUUACAUAAAAACUGGUAUCGCAAUAACCUGCCGCACAAUGAUGCUGAAUCGGGCCUUGACCGGACUAUCGUAUACGAAGACAUCCUAUUCGAAGCGUAGGAUGUCAGAAGAGAGGCUGAUAUAUAAGCGAAAAUCCACCAAAGUAACAAUACAAUCCCGUCCCACAACCUGGCCCGACCUAACCCGUCCGCCAUUUCUUCUGGUCAAGAGCUUCUUUAACUUGCGGCACCUGGACACCGGUUACGAAGCGAAGCAUGUGUCCCAAGCUACGGACGAGCUGAGCUUCAAGCCACACCGGACUCUGCUAGUCGAACUAAUGAAACUACCGGACCGCGAUCGAAACAAUCCGUAUCUACGCAUUUCGGAGCAUUAUGAUUGGGAUCGUAAUCGUUCCAUUGUGCCUUCGAAUCCAAAUCCUCAACCGGAGGAGUUCCUUCAAGCGGACCCACAACCUAUUCAAGAGUCGGAUCCGAUAGCAGAGACGCCGUGAUUCUUGACCCUCCGUAUCGAGCAAUACUCAGUUUGUUUAAUUUCUUUUUUAGUUUAGUAAAUGUACUAAUUUUUCAUCUUGUAAA